GUGUACACUAACAACAGGUUGUUGACAAAUACAUGAAUAUUUAUAAAUGGCAAUGAGUAUUUAAAUUGCUCGAGUAAGAAGUCAUUCUGUGAAGAUCUUGCUUUAAAACAUAGUCAACAUGCCGAAAUGUGUAGCAAUUUGUUUUCUUUGGAUAUUUCUUACCGAGGUUUACGGUGAACAAACCCACCAACUGACCAAAAACAAUGGCUUCAAACUUCCGGAAACUCGCAACCAGGGAAACGACGAAAGUGAAAAUUUGCUAACAGAGUUGUUAAAAAUGUCUCUAUCACGGAAAAAGACAUUGGAAGAAUUAAAACGAUAUCGAUCGCAGAAAGAGAGCCAAAUAAUUAAACCGGAAGUUCAACUAGCAGACGACAUGAAAACUCUAGAGGCGCUUGAAAAUGUUCUUGUAAAGCGUUUGCUUUUUGGGCGAAAGAUGAAUUCGGCUUUAGAUGAGUGGAUUAUUGCCAAAAUGAAGUCGCUGAGCAUCACGGGAAACGAAAUUGAAAAUAGGGGGUGGGGAAACAAGGGCAUUCCGCCUAAGAAUGGAUAACUAAAACGUGAAAAGUGCAUGUGUUCUUCUUUUAUAUAAAUGCAGUUUUUAUUCAUUACAUUUAAUAUGAAUGAACUUUGCCCAACAAAUAAUGAUUAAUAAUGCAUAGAUUUCUAUGAAAAGAGUAAUUAAUUUACAUUAUUAUUUCAUCCGGUGAUAUUUCAAUUUAGCAUUCAAUUAAAUAUCAAUCCAUUUUAUUACGUAUAUUAUGUAAUAUACUUUAAUUUUUAGGGAAAAAAAUCAUUUUUCUGACAGAUGAGAUAAUAUUUUGACGAUGACAUCAUUUCCGGUUUCUUAUUCGAUUACAGAAUGUAAUAAGUUUGUUUUCUUUCGAUGAAUUCAUUAUUAUGUAACAUUUGCCUAUGCUUCAAAUAAAAAUCAACUUUCAUAUUUUCUAAUUUUGGUUAUACAUGUAAACGUGCCCAUUUUUGUCACAAUUCUAAGAAAUUUUCCUUUUUUUUCCACCUGGUCAGGAUAACUUUCAUUUUUUGAAAA